GGGCGUAACUUUGGAAAAGAGCCUUUAUAUUUUGGUUGAGGACAAGAUUCGCUCUUCAGUGGGUCAUUAUCUCUCUCUCCCCCCCAGCAAACUGACCCGUGUCAAGACACACCGCAACAACCCACGAUGCUGACUUUACUCCAGCUGAUAAAUGUAUUAUUGUUGACCAGCAUUGGCUCCACUGAUGCAGAGAAACUCUUCCACAGUCGGGAUCAUUCCGAUCUACAGAUCUCCUCCUCUCACCAGGCUGAGUUCAUAACAGACAAGGAUACUGCAGAGCUCUUUCUCUCAAGGUAUGGCUUCAUAAGACCAGUGAACUGGGAGGAGCUCCAGUUUGAAGAAUCAACAGGCAUUUCUAACGAUGAAGACUUUCCUGGCGAGGAAGACCUAUCUGGGAUACAGGAGGGAGACUCAUCGUUGUCACGUGCAGAGACUGAUGAUGACGAUGAUGAUGAAGACUCUCCAAAUCCCACUGAAAGCCAAGCCUUCAUCUCAGCUCUCAGAGAGUUCCAGAUGGUGUCCGGCUUGUCUGUCACAGGGCUGUUUGAUGACGCCACCAAGGCUGCCAUGAACAAGCCUAGAUGUGGGGUCCCGGAUAAGGAGACUGAUGAUGCUACUGAUGAAGUACACAACUCCACCAACUCAGCACUUGGAAUCAACACAGACACCUCGCAUGACAGACCUCAUCAGCAUCAGAUCCGCAUGGCCUCACUGCUGUCUAAGCGGAGGCAGAAGAGACAUGUGGGGAAACGUGCAUGGGGAAACAUGGCAUUCUCCAAAAUGGUGCUGAAGUGGAGGCUGAUAGGGGAGGGUUACAGCAGUCAGCUGACCAUACAGGACCAGAGGCAUAUCAUCAGCCUGGCCUUCAGGAUGUGGAGCGAGGUGUGUCCUCUGGAGUUUGUAGAGGACACGUCCUCUCCCCUGGAGUUUGUAGACAUCAGCCUGGGUUUUGGUACAGGGAGACACUUGGGAUGCAACCAGAAGUUCGAUGGUACUGGCCGAGAGUUUGCUCACGCCUGGUUCCUGGGAGACAUUCACUUUGAUGACGAUGAACAUUUUACUGCACCGAACACUGGCAGUGGGAUCAGCCUGCUCAAAGUGGCAGUGCAUGAGAUAGGCCACGUCCUGGGCCUGCCUCACGUCUACAGUACUGGCUCCAUUAUGCAACCCAGUUACCUGCCCCAGGAAUCAGGCUUCGAGAUCAACUGGAUGGACAGGAAGGCCAUACAGCACCUCUAUGGGGACUGUAAGGGCCAGUUCAACACAGUGUCUGAUCCAGAGGGUCUGAUGCAGUCGCUAGAGGAGCUGGAUUACCUCGCGGCAUUGGACGACAAUGGGAACCUAUCAGAGAUCGGGAUCAUAAUCUCUGAGUUGCCAUUGGACGCUCAGAUGGCCAAGGCUCUGCUGGCGUCCUGUGAGUUUGAUUGUGUGAACGAGGCGGUGACCAUCGCAGCUAUGCUAUCAGGUAUGUAG